AAACAUGGCGGCUAGUGGUUGGCAACUCUGUAAACUCUGAUUGACUUUUUAAGAAACGUGAAGUAAAAAAAGGCAAAUUACUCUCCCUUGAAAGGGAAUCUGCCUUUUAGGACAAAAGGCCUGUAUUCCUGAAAAGUAGGUUUGAUUCAAGUAUAAAAUCACACAACAACCAUAAUGCCUGCAGUGGACUCGAGAAAAGAUUUUAUUCUUGCCACCACUGGAAAUUACUUUGGUAUCAGCCCAGCAGAUGGCAGCAUUGCAGAUCUCCAUAACUCCUCAGAACUGAACAGUUUCUUGGAUGAUGGGAAUGUCAACAUUCUGGCUGCAAGAAUUGAGACAAAGGCUGGAGGAAAAGAAGUCAAUUUUUGUAAUAGGGUUGAGCCAAGUGACACCAAUGAGAAAGUGAUAGUUUUCUUUAAGAUCAAGCCUGAUGUGAUCACCCCAGACAACAUUCACAGAGAUGUGUUUGUCUCCUCCAUGUUGGACUCUCCUGUCAGUGCACUGUAUCACGCUGUGCAGAAAGUUUUUGCUCCACUGCUGUUGAAGGAUGAGAAGUGGAGUAAAAGUUUUGACCCUAAACUCCAGAGCCUUCUCAGUGAGCUGGAGGCUGGGCUGGGUAGUGUGAUCAGGAAACAAGAUGCUUCAUAUUCUGGAAGGCAAGGGGACACGGAUGAGGAUAAUUUAGGAGGAAUCCUGACACCAUCAGAUGAAUUCCAGUUCUGGUCAGAAGUGGCCAUGUCAGGAGCCAAACUCGUGAUCAAGGAAAGAGCACAGGGCUUUCAGGAAAUGUUUCAACCAAUCUCCAAGGACUUUGCCAGCCUUGAUUCUAUGGCAUUACCUGAGUGUCUUGAGUUGGUUGAGCUGACCCAGGACACAUUGGAUGAAGUUUGGAAGCAGACGGAGCAUGAUCCUCCAUAUAAAGAGUCAAGAAUGAGGCACCUCAUGGAUGUCAUUGGAGGGGCACUUGGGCGUUACAUUCAAAGAAAACUGGCUCAAGAGGAUAUAUGGAAGGGGCAGUUCAGUAAAGUCAAAGAGAAACUAAGAGCUGGAUUGUCUGUCUGUGAGCGCUGGACAUCGGCAUGUGAAACUCUGACAGUGCAGUUUUGGAAACGUUAUGGCCCCCAUCCCUGGAAAGGCGACAAGUUUGUUCCAGAGAAUCUUACCCAGCUGGCUGCCAGACUGGAGGAGAUUACCACGCUUCGUACAGUGCAUGAACAGCUUGUCCGUCUUCUCUCUCCUCAAGAGCAAGAGGAACUCCGUACGGCAGCUGCAUUCAGUUCUUUUGCUGGGCUGAACCCCCUGCAGUACAACCCGUAUACUCAGCCAUUAUGGAAGGCUGCCGUGGCACAGUACGAGAGAGCUAUGGCGCCAGCAGAACAGAGGAUUGCUGGGAAGCUGAGGUCACAGUUUCGUAGCAUGCAAGCUAACUCUCAGCAGUUACUGAGAGAGUUCCAGAGAUACAAGGAACUGAUCAAGAGACCAAGCAUUAGUAAAGAAAUGGUGGCAGAGAGGGAGACCCUGCUGGGUCAAUUGACAGUGUUUAUCAAGCAAAUCAGGGAUGACUUCACCCAGAGGACAUCAGGAGACAAGGCCCCACCCAAGGGAAAGAACAUGCCUGAGGUUGUCAACUGUAUUGUGUGGGUCAGACAGCUGGAGGCAAAGGUGGAGGAAACUAACAUCAUUGCUGAGGCACUACUGGGAGACCUGUCAGGAUUUCAUAAUUUCCGCAAGGAUCUCUGUGAUCUUCUUGACGAAUUAAGAAGCUGGCGUCAGGAUCAGUUUGACGAGUGGUCCCGGGACAUGCAGUCACAGAUCGAGGAUUCUGGGAAACCUCUCAGUCUAGAGACCAGUGGCCAGUUAAUGGAACUGUCCCAUUCAGAUGGCAAGCUGCACGUCAACUACAGUGAACGUCUGGUGACCCUGCUGCGAGAAGUGCGUCAGUUAUCAUCCCUGGGGUUUGCCAUUCCAGCCAAGAUCCAGCACACUGCUGCCACUGCUCAGAAAUUCUAUCAUCAUGCUGUUAUUUUGAAGCAGGUUGCCCAUUUCUACAACACCAUAGAUCAGCAGAUGAUCCCAAGCCAGCAGUCCAUGAUGUUGGAGUCAGCCCUGGCUUUUGAGAAGAUCAUCAAAAAUCCCAAGUCAGGAGCCAAAGUGAAGGGGGACUCCGUGCAGAUCACUUGGGACAACCCAGAGGAGCUGGAGUCAUACAUCCAGAAGCUACAGGCUGCAGCCGACAGGUUGACCUCAGAGAACAGGAGACUGAGGAAAUCACACAACAUUGUCUGCGAAAAGGUUGUCCAGUUGAUGAGUACUGACCUGUUGAGACAUCAGCAGAGGUGGAAGGAUGGACUGAUGGACAUACGGCACCUGAUGGCCAACUUGGUGCAGCAGGGUUUUUCAGCCAGUAACAUGACUCCAUGGAAGGCUCACUGGGACAGGCAGCUGUACAAGGCUCUAGAACACCAGUACCAGAUGGGGCUAGAGGCUCUCAAUGAAAACUUACCAGAAAUUGUGGUAGAGCUCACAUAUAGACAACAGCGUCUCCAGUUCAAACCUCCAUUUGAGGAGAUCAAGGCAAAGUACUUCAGAGAGAUGAAGAAAUUCAUCGGUAUUCCCAACCACUUUAAGGGGGUGGGAGAUGCCACGGAACACCUCAUCUUCCCUACCAUCAUUGAUAGAAACGCGGAUGGGUUUAUCACAUGUUACAAGAAAGCUGGUUUAUUGUUCAAGAGACUGGCGGCUGUGCAGGAAAUGUUCAAGGACUGGGUGGUAUGUGGUGGAGUGGAUCUGGAUCAGUUUGUAUAUGACAACCUGGUGGAGCUGAGAGACUGGGAGCAGAACUUUAAAGCUUUGAAGAUCAGAGGAAGGGAUGCUGAGAAGUUACCAAGCCAAAUCAAGGUAGACUGUAUCACAGUGAACACCAACCCUGUGAAAUCCAGCAUAGACGACCAUAUCCAGCGUCUGUUUGAUGCUCUGCUGAGUUCCCUACGUAAGGCCAUCCAUAAUGACAUCAGUACAAUUGAUACAUUCCUCACCACAGCCAUGGAGACCCUGGCACAGAGACCACAGACAGUGGAGGAGAUAGGAACUGCUAAUGCCAAACACUCAGAGUUUGCUAAACAGAAGAAAGAGAUCCAGCCCCUGUUUUCCAAAGGUGAGAGUAAGAACAAGUUACUGAGGACAGUGGCGGGAGGAGGCGUGGAACAGUUUGGAAACCUGCAGGCAAGGUGGGACAAGUUUGAACUCAUGAUGGAGAGUUUUCAACUGAUGGUCAAGGAGCAGGUUGAGGUGAUGAAGAGCAAUGUGGAAUCCAGAAUCAAGGCAUUUGAACAGGAGCUGGAGAAAUUCGGCUCCAGGUGGCACCAGCUGAAACCAGGGGAUGACGCCCUGGACGGAGACCAGCAGAAAUGUAUGGCAGCUGUGGAGUCCAUUAAAGAGCGUAAAGUAGAGUUCACAGAACUGGAAAAUACCAUGAAGACUCUGCAAACUGACUGUGAGCACUUUGACAUGGAGAUGCCAGAGUUUCCCUAUGCUGCAGAGAUAGCAGAGGAUGUGAACAAAUAUGAGAGUAUGUGGGGGCUGUAUGAAGAGUUCAACAAUGGGCUGCAGGAGCUCUGCAAGGAGGACUGGAUUUCUUUUAGGAGUAAAGCAUAUAUGUUUGAGGAGUUUCUUGCUGGAUGGUAUGAGAAGUUGAAGUCAGAGGAGCCCACCACAAUGACUGUCAGACUGCAGAAGGAUAUUGACAAGUACAAGAAUGUGUUACCAGUGCUGAAGUGGGUACGUGGAGAGCCUCUAUCACAGGAUCACUGGCUGGAACUGUUCCGUAUGCUAGGGAUGCCCAAAGGAACCACACUGGAGAAGUUGAAUUUUGGUGAUAUUCUCAGUUCUUCUGAUGCUAUUAUCAUCAAUGCUACUGCCUUGAAAGAAUUAAACCAGCGUGCCCAGGGUGAGGUGACCAUCAGGGAGGCCAUCAGGGAGCUUGACCUGUGGGGGGCAGGGGCAGUGUUUGCUCUCACAGACUACCAGGACAGUGGCAGUAAUAAGAUCAUGCUCAUUAAGGACUGGAAGGACUUGGUCAACGCGGUUGGAGACAACCAGUGCCUGCUGCAGUCCCUGAAGGACUCCCCAUACUACAAGAGUUUUGAAGACAAGGCCACAGUGUGGGAGACACGGCUGGCAGACCUGGACGAGUAUUUACAUAACCUGAACCAGAUCCAGAGGAAGUGGGUCUACCUGGAGCCCAUCUUUGGCCGAGGGGCGCUGCCUAAGGAACAGGGAAGGUUUAAGAGGGUGGAUGAUGAUUUCAGGGCCAUAAUGUAUGAUGUUGCCCGUGACAACCGUGUGUUGUCCCUGGUGGGUAAGGUUGGACUGAGGAACCAGCUGGUCACCAUGCUGGAUCAGCUACAGAGGUGCCAGAAAUCACUCAAUGAAUUUCUGGAGGAAAAACGCUCCAUCUUUCCAAGAUUCUAUUUCAUCGGUGACGAUGAUCUCCUGGAAAUCCUGGGGCAGGCCACCAACCCAGAGGUGAUCCAGACACACCUGAAGAAACUGUUUGCUGGGAUUCACAGCGUGAACUUUGAUGAUGGCUGCAAGCACAUUGUGGCUAUGAAGUCUUUGGAAGGAGAAGUGGUGCCUCUGAAGAAGAAAGUUCAGAUUACUCCAGAGGUUGAGGUUUGGCUGGGAUAUUUGGCAGAAGAAAUGAAGAAUACAUUAAAGCAGUUGUUGACGGAGUGUCUCAAGGACAGUAAGGCAGGAGGACAAGGAGGACUGGACCCCAACAAAUAUCCUUCACAGAUCCUUUGUGCAGCAGAACAGAUCAACUUCACAGAACAGUGUGAGGAGGCCAUCAAAACCAGCAGCCUGCAGGAGUUCAACAUAGAAAUGGAGAACAAACUGGAAUCUUACACUGGGGUCGACCUUAGUGCAGCAGGGAGCGAUGUGGGUGUCUAUGUACUUGAGCUGAAGCUGAAGGCUUUGAUUCUGGACACCAUCCACUCUAUUGAUGUGAUACAGCAACUGGUUGAAGCUAAAACAAGGAAUUUAGAAGACUGGCAGUGGCAGAAACAGCUUAGAUACUACACGCGUAGAGAUGGCAUAUGUGUGAUGCGUAUGGUGGAUGCAGAGUUUGAGUACACCUACGAGUACCAAGGCAAUGCAGCCAAGCUUGUCCACACCCCUCUCACUGACAAGUGCUACCUGACUCUGACACAAGGUAUGCACCUUGGUCUUGGUGGUAACCCAUAUGGUCCUGCAGGUACAGGGAAGACAGAGUCUGUCAAAGCACUGGGAGGGCUGUUUGGGAGACAGGUGCUUGUCUUCAACUGUGACGAGGGCAUUGACGUGAAAUCUAUGGGCAGGAUCUUCAUAGGUCUGGUGAAGUGUGGAGCAUGGGGCUGUUUUGAUGAGUUCAACAGACUGGAGGAGGCCGUGCUGUCAGCCAUCUCUAUACAGAUCCAGAUCAUUCAGGAUGCCAUCAAGGAAAAGAAACCUACAGCAGAACUGCUGGGGAGAAAUGUGGACAUUGACUUCAACUCUGGCAUCUUCAUCACACUCAACCCUGCUGGGAAGGGAUAUGGAGGAAGACAGAAGUUGCCAGACAACUUGAAGCAGCUAUUCCGUCCCGUCGCUAUGGCCAGACCAGACAACGAGCUUAUUGCAGAGGUGAUCCUAUUUUCUGAAGGGUUCAAGCAUGCCAAGAGUCUGGGGAGAAAACUGGUGGCCGUAUUUAACCUUUCCAAAGAGCUGUUGACUCCCCAGCAGCACUAUGACUGGGGUUUGAGAGCACUGAAAACUAUUCUCAAAGGCUGCGGCAACCUGUUACAGACAGCAAAGAAAAAUCUACAGGAGGGAGAGAAAAUCACAGAUGCCAUUGAAGCCAAGCUGGUAGUGCAGGCACUGAGGAUCAACACACUGUCCAAGCUGACCUUCUCUGACAGUAUCAGGUUUAACUCCUUGCUGAAGGAUGUUUUCCCAGGAACAGAGUUUAAAGACAUUGAGUAUGAGAACCUGGCGCAGGCCAUCAGGGAGGUCUGUAAGGAGAGGAACCUUGUUGUGAAUGAGAGUCAGGUGAAGAAAGCCCUGGAGUUAUAUGAGCAGUUACGUCAGAGGAUGGGUGUGGUGGUGGUAGGCCCCAGUGGGUCUGGGAAGUCCACACUGUGGAGAGUGCUCAAGGAGGCCAUGUUGAAGUGUGGUCAAGUGGUGAAACAGUACACUAUGAACCCCAAGGCUAUACCUAGAACACAGUUGCUGGGUCAUAUAGACAUGGACACCAGAGAGUGGACAGAUGGGGUGUUAACAUACAGUGCCCGUCAAGUUGUACGAGAACCACAGGAAAUCCAGUCCUGGAUUAUUUGUGAUGGAGACAUAGACCCAGAAUGGAUUGAGUCCUUGAAUUCCGUCCUUGAUGACAACCGACUGCUAACAAUGCCCUCUGGUGAGCGUAUCCAGUUCGGGCCAAAUGUGAACUUCCUGUUCGAGACCCAUGACCUUAGCUGUGCAUCACCUGCCACCAUCUCUAGGAUGGGAAUGAUAUUUUUGAGUGAUGAGGAUACAGACAUCAAGGCCUUCAUCACCUCCUGGAUGAACACACUGCCAGAGGCUGAGCAGAAGACACUGGCUGCGUGGAUAGAAGACUACUUCUAUAAGGGAAUGGACUGGGUCCUCAAACAGGGCGACUUUGUGGUGGAGACUACCCUUGUUGGUGUGGUCAUGAAUGGCCUGUCCCAUCUCCAUGGCGUCCAGGACAAGACCCACUUUGCUGUCUCUCUCAUCAGAGGACUGGGCGGCAACCUCAGCGAGGCCACAAGAGAGGCUUUUGCUAAGGAGGUAUUUGCCUGGACCCAUGAGACCCCCCCUGACCCACGGCGCCCCCUGGACACCUACUAUGACCCCAGCAGUGGACGCCUCAUGUCAUACUCCGUGGAGCUACGAGAUGAUCUGACAGCUGACAACUUCACCAGUUCCGCCAACCUACCUGUCAUCAAGACAGGGGACAUCCAGAGAGGACUGGACUACUUCGCUCCUUGGCUCAGUGCUGAGAACAAGCAGCCAUUUAUAUUAGUGGGACCUGAGGGGUGUGGGAAAGGGAUGUUGCUGAAGUACUGCUUUGAACAGCUGCGGUCCACCCAGAUAGCCACCGUCCACUGCAGUGCCCAGACCAACCCCACCCAUGUGCUACAGAAGCUGAACCAAUCCUGUAUGGUGAUAAGUACCAACACUGGCCGUGUCUACAGGCCCAAGGACUGCGAGAGAUUGGUUCUCUUCUUGAAGGACCUCAACUUACCCAAACCUGACAAGUGGGGAACUAGUCAGCUCAUUGCAUUUUUGCAGCAGGUAUUGACCUACAAUGGGUUUUAUGACAGCAACCUGGAGUGGGUUGGUCUGGAGGGAGUACAGAUAGUAGCCAGCAUGAAUGGAGGGAGCACACUGGGACGUCAUCAACUGUCCACCAGGUUUACCUCUGUGGUCAGGAUAUGUGCCAUUGGUUACCCCGAGAGAGAGCAGUUACAGGCUAUCUACAGUGCUUACCUGAAGCCUGUACUCCACAAACAGCUGUCCAGACACCCUGUAUGGGGUAAUCCAGCUAAGGUCCAUGCCCUGGCUGGCUCUAUGGUACAAGUUUAUGAACAGUUACGAGGCAAGUUUUCGGUGGAUGACUACAGCCAUUACUUAUUCACGCCGCGCGAUCUAACUCGCUGGGUUCUGGGUCUGCUACGCUAUGACAUGAUUGCCAGUGACACCAGUGUGAACCCAGUACUUGAAGUGUGGGUUAAUGAGGCCAGGCGGCUGUUCAGAGACAAGAUAGUGGGUGUGGAUGGACUGAGUAGGUUUGAUAAUAUCCUCAUGUCGGCUGUCCAGGGAGAUUGGGGCGUCAGCGGUAUGGAGGGGAUUGAAGGCAACUACUAUGUGACUUGGGGUGGUCACCAUGAUGCCUCCGCCCCUGCUGUGGCCCCUGGGGCUCCCCUGCCACCCACGGGGAAACCCUUGGGGAAACUGAGCGGGGACGACUUCAAGAGUGUUAUACAGAAAGGACUUUUGCAAUACUCUCGAGAGAACAGAGAUUUGAAUGUGAUCAUCUUCAAGGAGGUCCUUGACCACAUGGCAAGACUGGACAGAGCUUUAAGCACGCCAGGUGGGUCACUGCUGAUGGCGGGCCGGAGUGGUGUGGGCAGGCGGUCAGCAGUCACUCUGAUCUCAUUCAUGCAUCAACUGGAGCUGUUCUCACCUAAAGUGGCCAGAGGAUACGGGCUGAAGCAGUUUAAGACUGAUUUGAAAACGGUGAUGCAGAAGACAGGUAUAGAUGAUGAGCAGGUGGUGUUACUCCUGGAGGACAAUCAGCUGGUGCACCCUGCCUUCCUGGAGCUCAUCAACAGCCUGCUCUCAGCAGGAGAGGUACCUGGCCUCUACACCCCUGAGGAGCUGGAUCCCCUCCUGGCACCCCUCAGAGACACGGCAUCAGAGGCCGGGUACAGGGGGCCACUGCAUGGGUACUUUGCAUCACGUAUCCAGGCCAACCUCCAUGUGGUUCUCAUCAUGGACUGUACCAAUGCUAACUUCAGCAUGAACUGCCAGAGUAACCCGGCCUUCUACAAGCAGUGCAGUGUCCAGUGGAUGGAUGGCUGGAGCAGGGAGUCCAUGGUCAAGCUGCCCCACCUCCUUCUCACACAAGGACCAAAGAUGGAGGGCUCCUCCAUGUCUGAGCCCAAGGAAAGAAAAAGAAAGUUGUCUGGUGGGGAUGAGUUACUGAAAAGUUUCCUCCACAUCCACGAGUCAUGUGAAGUGUUUGGAACUGCCACUCCCAGGCGCUAUGUGUCAUUCCUGCAUACAUACAUGCAAGUCUACAACAACAAGAAAAAUGUCAUCGCAGAGAGGCAACAUCAUGUUCAGGCUGGUGUCUCAAAGCUUAAUGAGGCAAAAUCCAUGGUGGAUGACUUAAAGCACAAAGCAGCAGAACAGAGUAAACUGUUGGCAGAGAAAACAACAGAAGCUGAUGCUGCACUGAAGGAAAUAACAGAGAGAAUGUCUAAUGCCAGUGAACAGAAAACCGAGAUGGAACAAAUCAAGGCACAGGUGGCUGAAGAGAACAUUAAGCUGGAGCAGAGGAAGAAAGCCAUAGACAUUGAGCUCUCCGAGAUAGAGCCUCUGGUGAGAGAGGCCAAGGCUGCUGUGGGGAGCAUCAAGACAGAGCAGCUGUCUGAGAUAAGGGCUCUGAGAGCUCCCCCUGAUGUGAUUAGAGAUAUCUUGGAGGGAGUUCUCAAGUUGAUGGGGAUUAAUGAUAUGUCUUGGAAUAGUAUGAAGAGUUUCCUUGCCAAGAGAGGUGUCAAGGAAGAAAUACAGCAGUUUGAUGCAAGGAAAAUCACACCAGAUUACAGGAAACUGGUGGAGGAAUUACUGGAUAAGAGGAAAGAAUCUUUCGACCCAAAGAAUGCCAAGAGAGCGUCUGCUGCUGCAGCUCCACUGGCCAGCUGGGUCCGAGCCAAUGUUAAGUUUUCUUAUGUCCUGGAGAAAAUUGAGCCUUUGGAAACAGAACAAAGACACCUUCAAAAGAACCUUGAGAAAGCCGAAGCCAAGCUGGCCAAGCUGCAGAAGGCACUGAGUGAAGUGGACCAAGAGGUAGAACGGUUGCGAAACAGGUUUGAGAAGUUCACCCGAGAGGCAGAACACCUCAAGAUAGAGCUGGAGAAAGAAGAGAAAACGAUUGAGGAUGCUGAAAACUUGGUGGGAAAACUAGAUGGAGAGUAUAGGAGGUGGAAUGAUCAGGUUGGUGAGUUGACAGCAGAGUUGGGUGAGCUGCCAAUGCGUGCCCUACUGGCAUCUGCUUUCAUCAGUUACCUGUCUGCAGAGCCAGAGGAUGUACGCAGGAAUAUGUUACAGCAGUGGAUGGACAUGGCAGGAGUAAAAGGUUUUGACAUGCGUCGUUUCUUAAGCACAGAGAGCGAGCAGCUGAUCUGGAAGGGUGAGGGACUCCCGUCAGAUGACCUGUCCAUGGAAAACGCUCUGGUCAUUCUUCAGAUUAAUAACAUAGCAGCAGGGAGUUCCUUACGUCCGUUCCUGGUGGACCCGUCGUCGCGUGCUACAGAGUGGCUCAAGGUUCAUCUGAAGGAACAUAAGCUGGAAGUUGUCAACCAACAGGAUGGUAACUUCAUCACUGCUCUAGAGCUGGCCGUCAGGUUUGGGAAGACACUACUUAUCCAAGAGAUGGAUGGAAUAGAGCCCAUAUUGUAUCCUCUUCUUAGAGGAGAUCUGCUGUCUCAAGGUCCAAGAUUUGUGGUACAACUUGGUGAGAAGACCAUUGACUACAAUGAGGAUUUCCGCCUGUUUAUGACCACCCGUAACCCCGCGCCAGAGAUCCCCCCAGAUGCAGCCUCGAUUAUCUCGGAGGUGAAUUUCACCACCACCAGGGCAGGCCUCACGGGACAGCUGUUAGCACAGACCAUACAACAUGAGAAACCAGAGCUGGAGGUGAGGAAGACAGAGCUGCUGAAGCAAGAAGAAGAUUUCAAGAUUGAGCUGGCUAAAUUGGAAGAAUCACUGCUAGAGAACCUGGCCAACUCCAAAGGCAACAUCCUGGAGGACAAAGAACUGCUGGACAGUUUAAACAAGACGAAGCAGAGCAGCAUGACUAUCGUGGAGUCCCUCUCGGAGUCUGUCAGGCUGCAGGCCUCUCUUGACCAGGAGAGGGGGGCGUACCUGCCCUUGGCUGAGAACGGGAGCCGUCUGUACUUUGUGAUCAGUGACCUGGCCAAGAUCAAUAACAUGUACCGCUUCAGUUUAGCCGCCUUCUUCAGGCUGUUCCAAAGGGCUUUGAAGACUGGACAGCCCGGGGCCAGUCCAGAGAUGAAGGUGAAGACACUGAACGAUUCCCUUCAGACACUGGUCUAUGAGUACGUCUGCCGGUCAUUGUUCAAGGCUGAUCGUCUAAUGUUUGCCCUUCACAUGGUCCAUGGAAUGAAACCACAGGAGUUCAAAGAGAAUGAGUGGGAGCUGUUCACUGGCCUGUUGGUGGCUGAUGUGAAGGCAGACCACAGUAAACAGUCCAGAGAUAUCCCAGCAUGGGUGGACCAGGAGAGACCACAAGCUCUUCUGCUGCUGAAGUCCACAUUCCCAGAUUUGUACCAGCAGUUGAAUUUCCAAGACACAGAUCUCUGGUCCAAUUUUGCCAGGAGCAGUGAGUGUGAGAAGGAAUUCCCCUCAGCCAUUGCCAAGAAGAUCUCCCUGUUCCAGCAGGUUCUGGCAGUUCAGGCCACCAGGCCAGACAGGCUGCAGAGUGCUAUGAGUCUGUUUGCUGUUAAAGCUUUAUCGAGAACAGAACUGUCCCCACCAUCCGUGAACUUGAAACGGCUGUAUCAGAAUGAGACCUUACCAGCUGAGCCUAUCUUGAUUGUCAUCUCGCCCGGUGCUGACCCCUCUCAGGAGUUGGAAGAAAUGGCCUCAGAAGUCAUUGGGAAGGACAAAUAUCACCAGGUUGCCAUGGGUCAGGGUCAGGCAGACAUUGCCCUACAGUUACUUCAUGACUGUGCCAGGAAUGGAGAGUGGCUGUGUCUGAAGAACCUACACUUGGUCACUUCAUGGUUACCUGUACUGGAGAAGGAAAUCAACACCAUGACCCCCCACCAAGAUUUCCGUCUGUGGAUGACAGCAGAAGUUCACCCUAAAUUUCCCACAAUUCUCCUGCAGUCAAGUCUCAAGAUCACAUAUGAGGCUCCACCUGGUGUCAAGAAAAACCUCCUUCGUACUUAUGAGAACUGGAGCCCAGAAUUCAUCACCCGUGGUAACAACACGGUUCGUGCACAAGCCCUGUUUGCACUGGCCUGGUUCCAUGCUGUGUGUCAGGAGAGAAGAAACUACAUUCCACAAGGCUGGACCAAAUUUUACGAGUUCUCAUCAUCUGAUCUCCGCGCAGGAAGUGACAUCAUUGACAGACUGUGUAAUAAAGGUAAAGGUGAAGUGGCAUGGAACUUUGUCCAUGGUCUGUUUGAGUUUGCCAUCUAUGGCGGCCGCGUUGAUAACCAGUUUGACAACCGUGUGAUGGUCUCCUACCUGAAGCAGUUCUUUGAGGGCGGUGUUCUCAGCGGUUCCUCCUCCAAGGGGAAGAAGCUAGGACCAAUUAAACUGCCCAGUACCACUCACUACAGGGACUACCUUGAUGCAAUAGAAGGCCUCCCAGAGUAUGAUAAACCUUCUUACUUUGGCCUGCCUGAGAACAUUGAGAGGUCGGCCCAGAAGCAGGUCAGCUCUCUGGUCAUCUCCCAGCUGAAGGUGGUCAAGAGAGCCACGGUGAAGGGGAACAAGUUUGACAAAGAAGUGUGGGCACACGAGCUCAGUCCUGUGCUGAAUCUGUGGAGGAAGCUGAACCAGGGCUCUCAGCUUAUCCAGAUGAAAAUAACGGCGCCCAGUGAGAAGUCAGACCAUGCCAUGCCCAUCAGUUCCUUCAUUCUGCUGGAGCGCUAUAACGCCAUUAAGCUGGUCCAGAGUAUCCACCAGUCACUGGCCGCCCUCAGCAAGGUCAUCAGGGGGACGCAGCUACUGACCACUGAUGUCCAGAAACUGGCCGAGGCUUUGUUGAACCAAGAGACCCCAAUGGAGUGGCAAAAGAAAUGGGAGGGUCCAGAAGACCCCAUCCAGUACCUGCACUCCCUGGUGGCCCGCGCCAUGGCCAUACAGGAGUGGGUCCAGAAGGUAGAGACCAAGAUGUUACUGAAUGAGACCCUGGACUUGUCAGAAUUAUUCCAUCCAGAUACCUUCCUGAAUGCUCUCAGACAGCAGACAGCAAGAGAGAUCAAGUGUUCCAUGGACAGCCUGAAGUUUGCGGCAUCAUGGAAGGGCAGUGUCCAGGGAGCCAGGUUGUCUGCUAAGCUGGGAGGACUGCUGCUGGAGGGGUGCACGUUUGAUGGCCAGAGACUGUCAGAGAACCAGCGGGACUCCCCCAGUGUCUCCUCGGUACCCCCUUGUGUGGUGGCCUGGAUACCCAAGGAUUCCCCUGACCCCUACCCACCAAACGAGGUCAUACCACUGCCCAUCUACUUCAGCAGUGACCGCGAGAAGAUAGUCAUCAACAUGAACAUCCCGUGUGGUGGUAAUCAGAGUCAGUGGCUGCUGUCUGGGGCUGCUCUCUUCCUGAAGGCACAGUAGUGCCAUCUAGUGGAGAAGGCCAGCUUGAGAUCUCAAGUUAUCACAGGCCUUUAUAAAUAUAUCUGACAUGUGGGAGGAUAUUGAUGUCUAUUUGACAAGAAAUCUGGAAGUGUUACUCCCCAAAGAUGACACAAAUAUCAUUGUUGAUUUUUUGUGACAUUGUUAAAGACUGAAUUGACUUUUUCCUAAGACCUAUCAACAGAAAAGGAAAGUGAGAUAGUUAAAAUCAUAAGUAAAGACUUGUUUCUUUGAUAGUGUGAAUAAAGUUUAUGUGUAUGAUAUAUCAAAGUUAUAGUUAAGACAGUGGUUAGGCAAUAUAUCUCAAAAGAGACAUUGAUUUUCUGAAGCAGAUUAAAUGUAUAAAGAAAAAGCCUGUGACCAUUUUAAUUUUCUCUAAGUAUGUGCUUUCCUUUAAAUCAUAUAUAAUACAGUUUAAGGACAUUUUUCAAGAUUAUGACUCGUAUAAUCGGAAAUGUGACAACAUUAUUAUUUUGCUGUGAUAUUAGUUUCAAUAUCUGAAUUUUUCAUAUUUUUUUCCUUUUUGAUUUAUUUUUGAAUUUGACCGAUUUCUGUACUUGCUCUUUUUUUUUUAGUAUACCAUAUGAUCAUCAUAGUAGUUAUGUCAAUUUAACAAUUAUUUGUUUAUGAUAUUUAAUAUUUAUCUUUGCUUUAAAUAUGGUAUUUUGUUUUCAUCAGUCCG